ACAAAUUGCAAUAAAUCUUGCUCAUGUCACUUUGCUUAGUUUGACAGUGUUGUUUGCAGAUCUUCUCCUACUCCCAUCACUAUAUAUGCUUCUUUCAUUUCACAAUCUUCAAAGCCUCACCUCUGCUUUCUCUCUCCCAUUCGAGUUUGUACAUUGUUGUGAAAGAUGGUGAAGAUCUGCUGCAUCGGUGCCGGCUACGUCGGCGGGCCAACGAUGGCGGUGAUCGCGGUGAAGUGCCCGUCGAUUGAGGUUGCGGUGGUGGACAUCUCGGUUAGCCGGAUCCAAGCUUGGAACAGUGACGUGCUGCCCAUCUACGAGCCAGGGCUGGAUGAGGUGGUGAAGCAGUGCAGGGGAAAGAACCUUUUCUUCAGCACCGACGUCGAGAGGCACGUGGCCGAGGCCGACAUUGUGUUUGUCUCCGUCAACACCCCCACCAAGACGCGCGGCCUUGGGGCCGGCAAGGCGGCCGAUCUCACCUACUGGGAGAGCGCGGCCCGGAUGAUCGCCGACGUCUCGAAAUCGGACAAGAUUGUGGUUGAGAAGUCCACUGUCCCUGUUAAGACUGCUGAGGCUAUUGAGAGGAUUCUCACUCACAAUAGUAAGGGGAUUAAGUAUCAGAUUCUGUCUAACCCGGAGUUUUUGGCCGAGGGCACGGCCAUUCAGGAUCUUUUUAAUCCCGACCGCGUCCUCAUCGGAGGUCGGGAGACCUCCGAUGGGCGAAAGGCGGUCGAGACGUUGAAGUCCGUGUACGCACAUUGGGUCCCGGAGGAUAAGAUCCUCUGCACCAACCUGUGGUCGGCUGAGCUGUCGAAGCUGGCCGCCAACGCGUUCCUGGCGCAGAGGAUCUCCUCAGUGAAUGCCAUGUCGGCUCUCUGUGAGGCCACAGGAGCCGACGUGGCGCAGGUGGCCCAUGCCAUUGGGACGGACUCGAGGAUUGGGCCCAAGUUCCUGAAGGCGAGCGUGGGGUUCGGCGGGUCCUGCUUCCAGAAGGACAUCCUCAACCUCGUCUACAUCUGCGAGUGCAACGGCCUGGCCGAGGUGGCUGGAUACUGGAGGCAAGUGAUCAAGGUGAACGACUACCAAAAGAGCCGGUUCGUGAACCGGGUGGUGUCGUCCAUGUUCAACACGGUCACGGGGAAGAAGGUCGCGAUCCUAGGGUUCGCGUUCAAGAAGGACACGGGUGACACAAGGGAGACCGCGGCAAUUGACGUGUGCAAGGGGCUUAUAGGGGAUAAGGCUCACCUGAGGAUCUACGAUCCUCAGGUGAGCGAGGACCAGAUCCAGAGGGAUCUGGCCCUGAACAAGUUUGAGUGGGACCACCCGGCCCACCUGCAGCCGGCCGCGGGGGAGGCUGCCAAGCAGGUGAGCGUGAUGGGGGACGCAUAUGAGGCGAGCAAGGGGGCGCACGCGGUGUGUGUGAUGACGGAGUGGGAGGAGUUCAAAGGGCUCGACUACGGGCGGAUCUACGAGGGGAUGCAGAAGCCGGCGUUCGUGUUUGACGGGAGGAAUGUGGUGGAUGUGGAGAAGCUGAGGGAGAUAGGGUUCAUAGUGUAUUCCAUUGGGAAGCCACUGGAUCCAUGGCUCAAGGAUAUGCCUGCUGUGGCUUAGUGCAACACUCAAAUUCCUUCACAUUGUUGCAAUUUUUGGUUUAAGUUGUUAUGUUUCUUAUUUUGUUUCAUUUCUAAAUGUUGCAUUUUCAGCUUCAUGAAUAAGAAUUAAUAAAACUUUGCACUCUUAUUUUAUAAA